AUGGUUGAAAGAAAGGACAAUGUAGAGAGUAGAUUCCCAGUUCCAUCGAGAACAUUAACCGGAUUGGAUCUUGGUCCAUUAUGGUUACCGAAAGACUUCAGAAUAACAUGCUGUUUAGGUGGGCAUCCAAUACCCGAAAAUCCUAAGCUGAUACGUAACUGGACUCAGGUAGUGUCGGAGCAAAAUGUUCAGACAGCAGCAAAUAGCGAUAUUACUGAUGUUCGUUUAGCAGAAACAAACUGUCGAGAAUUUCACGGCAGUUAUCUGAUUUCUGUAACAUCACUUUUUCAAUUUAGUGGGAUAAACGGGUUUAACGACGGGGUUGUCUGUAAAUGUCCAGAUGUUGGACAUCAUGAAGUGUUAGAUAGAAACUGUAGAAGAAUACCGCCAUGUCAAAAUCGUGGAACUCGUUCUUUCAGUAUGAAUCUUCGUUGUAUAUGCCUAGAACCAUUCUUUGGCGAAUACUGUGAAAAAUUCUGUGAUCAGGGAACACGGAUGAAAGAUCCGAAUGGUCAGGAUUACUGCUCUUGUGUGCCAUUUUAUCAGGGAGAAGAAUGCAAAGAUAUGGUCUGCCUGAAUGGUGGUACACAAGUUGAACAACGUUGUAUUUGUCCACCUGGUUUUCUCGGAUACCACUGUGAAAUUGAUACAAAUCGUACUGCCGCAAAUUCACGUUAUUUGAAAUAUGAUGAUCAGGGUAAUGAUCUCUUUACACGGGACGUUUCGGGUACAAUAUUUAGUUUAAUUAUGAUUAUUGUUCUUGUCGUAUCAAUGUAUCUACUAAUGAAACAUCGCAUGCAGGUGCAAAAUCGUUUCGCAACUCUUCGUAGAGAUGAACUUUCGCGUACUGCUCAAAGUUUGAAUGGCAGACGGAGUAAUCUGUUAACACCAGAGAGCGCUCGAAUAUUGUCAUUUCGAACAGCUCCUAUGAUUGAAGGUGGCCCACCGCCGUAUAUGUCAAAUCCUACCAGAGGUUAG